AUGAGUCGGCCACUUCCGCCGAGAGGGGCACCCCCCCGAUACGAUCCUCAGAACGAUCAUUAUUACAAUACCGACGCGUUUUCGGCAAGCUUCCGCUCGCAGCAACCCGCGCAGCGAAGCAGCCCAUUCACAUCGGACUUCAGUCAGCAGCGACAGGCGCGACGAAGCAACGAAUUUACCUCAGACUUCAGUCAGCAGCAAUACGCGCGACGAAGCAACCGAUUUACUUCGGACUUCGAUCUGCAGCAACACGCGCGACGAAGCGAGUAUACCUAUCGGCGCGACACGCCCGACUCCUCCGCCCUCGCGAUGGACGAUUACCCCGAGGAUGACUAUGAGGACUUGUCCUACUACAGCGAUGAUGGAACGGAUGAUUAUUAUGAAAAUAACCCGCGCCAGAUUCCUUAUUACGUUAGGUCGCGAAUGCUUCCCUGCUGUGACGAAUGCCUCGUCGAACGUGUAGGAAUAUUCAACGACAUCUUAGAUGAGUAUGACUACGAGUAUGGAGUGCUCCUGGAUGUAUUCGACGAAGAGUCGGAAUUGCAUGAAAAUACAACAGCGGAUAACCAUGUAGUGAACCGCCGAACCGAUGAGGGUGUCUACGGAACUCAUUAUCCCGAAAGAAGGGAUUUUGCCCGAAGAUACCCGAAUCGCGAAAGACCACCGAGGCAGUCGGCUAGCUCAGAUGCAUUCCGAGAUAGCUUUGACCAACCGCGAGCCAGGUCUUACGAACAGCGGCGUGAGGUCUAUACCGCUCAACAGCCCGCUCCCAAUUCGCAACUUCCAGUUCCUACCGCGAGCAGGGAUGAAGCCUUUGGAAGUAGGCCCUCGAGGCGGCGUCCUCGUACUUCCCGUGGUCGUGGUCGUGGUCGUGGCCGUGGUCAUAGCGGGAACCAACCCCAAUAUGUUGCCCCGCUACCACCUGCUGGACCUGCUGGACCUGCGCUUGCGCCUGCGCCCGCACCACCCGCGGUUUCGACCAAUCAACCCGCCGUCAAGCCUAACUCGCCCCAGGACCAGCCCGGGCCCAAUAACAGGCCUCAGAAUCAGCCUGGCCGCCAGGGAGCGCAGAGAACGACGGGGAUGCCUACUUUCGGAAAUUGUUUUACAAGUACCCCUUCAACCUUAGCCCAGAGACAAUUAGUCUGGGACAAUACACGAGGGGCGGAUUGUGAGUCCUUCCCAGGCUGUGAACCCUUUGUCAUCCGAUUACCCAGCGUGGAUUUCGACUGGUGGGCUUGCUUCGGUUCGCAACUGAAUAUAUCACGAGCCGUCCAGGACGUACACCCCAAAAUUAAACCUGUCGUACGGCAGGCGCGAGAUUCUCCCCACGGCAGGGAGAUUGUGCUUGGAAUGUGUAACCCCAGAGACUGGAACAAUCCACGCGCUCAGUUUAAUCUCAACCAAGCGUACGAUAUGAUGCUAUCGUACUGCGAGACUCUAGUCAAGGAGAACAAAAAUAUUCCAUAUAGUCAGAACACAGGCGACCAGUGCAUCGAAUAUAUGAGAAACGCCAAUAUGGACUACAUAGUCGGCAUGACAGAGUCAAUAAAAAGCCACAUAAAGUCUAGUGAUAAAAGGCGCGAGGCACAAAAAGAUGCCGCUGCAAAAUUUGUGUUGCCUCUGAUCCAGCAGUAUCCCUCGGCAAACAAUAGCAUCCGAGAUGAGAUCUGCAACUGGGCUGAAUCCCAACAGAAGGAUGAAUGCCUUAUAGGCUUAUCUAAAGACGAGCUUCUACAGUUAGGUCGCGCGGUCUGGUGGGAUUACAGUUUCGAGACCAAAGAAAAAGGCCAUUCAAUUAGGGAAUACAUAAAUGUGUCAUACCCCGGGCAUAGCUACGCGACCAAGAUCAAAUCAUGAGCUUCGGAGUGUUAGGCAGUCUUGAUAGGUAGUUCGGCAUGGUAGAUAGAUGAAUACACCUCUACCUGGUACCUAUAUGGUUUUUAGUAGUUUGAAUUCCUAAAAAUUGUAAUACUCGUAGGCAUCGUAAGGCAUCG